ACGAUGGCUUUUGAGUAAUGUGUUAUAAAAUAUCUUGAAUAUUGAAUACUGAGGUUCAAAUUUUGGAGACAAAUUCAUAGAUACGUAUUACCAACUAAAAUGGAUGACAGCAACAGAAAAAGCACCUAAUCGGUCAUUUAGAUACAUACUCAAAUCCCUUUAUAUUCUUGAGAGUGCAACUUUACAGCUCCAUAGAUACCAGUGUACACUAACAACAUUCGUUAUCGGUAUAUUACGGUUUAUUAAGAUCAUGUUACCGUUAAUCUGUCUACAAACUUUAUUUAGGAUUCUUUAGGGAAUAGAAGUAUCUAGAGGUCUUCAAAUCUUUCGACACUGGCGAGGCAAUCUACAUGUGGCAUAGUUUGCUGAACAGAUAUCCGUGAAGUAAAGAGAUAAUGAAAUUUUGUCAAAGCUCGUUAAACAUUAAAAGAUGUUCAAGCGGCAUAAAAUAAACUUAUAAGGUGUGUAGUCUUCCCUUGAGGUGAUAUUUUAUCUGUUUAGACAAAUGCGAAUGUGUAGCCCGUGAUAUACUUGCGCAAUAAACACAAAGGUUGAAAGCUCUUAUUGGCUUUAGCGUUGUGAUACGAUUGUUUCUUUUGUGAUCAAUCUCCCUACAUAAGUUUCUAUUUGUUCACUUUGGGGUGAACAUAAUUUGUAAAUCUUUUAAUCUUCAGUUUGCCAAAGCCGAAAAGCAAUCACCAUGUAACAACUUGUUGGUCUAAAUAUUAAGUAACGGCUAAAAUCAGUUACUAAACCUUAUGUGUCUAGCUUUCGUUUAAAAACAACAACAGUUUUUUUCUGUUUACUGGUCGUAGAAUUUGUUUGCUCUAUGAACCAUCUCAUAGUUUAAGAUAAAGGAUGAAAUGGUGAACAUAUUUAUCCAAAUCUGUUACAAAGCCGCGAUCUCAAAAUAUUACUGAAUAAACCAUUCUUCGAGCUUUUACGCAUUCCGUUUGCAAAAUUUGUAAGAACCUUUGAAAUUUCAUGGGGCAAGGAAGCCAAGGGUCUUUCUAGCACAAGGCCUAGAAAUCACCGCUGUUGUACUAGUCAAACCAACAUAUUAUUCAUUCGAGUCAAUCUGCUUACGGCAUUUAUAAAGGUGUGCUGUCUUGUAGUAUCACUAAAAAUAAAGACAAAAACGACAUCUGCUUUCAGCAAAUCAUUUAGUGCUACCACGGAGUUUCGCAGGACACUUCUUUGGAAAUUAAAAACGUCCCCUAUCUGAUAAAACUACGAAACGACUGAAGAAUAUGGGCAAAUCAUAAUUCAAUAAUUUUAACGUUUUGCAUAUGAGAACACUUCUCCAUAAUUCUUUUAUACGACUUGUGAAAAUGUAAAAAAAUUUCUCUUUAUGAUGUUAAUCCACGCCUUCAAAAAGCGCUAGAUUUUAUAAUGUUUUUCAUUACUUGGUUUAAAAACAAAUUGUUUACUUUGUUUUAUGUAUUUUCCCUUAGAGUUGAUAGUGUUUUUGUUUCUUUGAUGUUUUGUAAUUAUUUGAUGUAUUGACUGCAGUGAUACGAAAAAUGUAGUUUCUGCUUACCGAUAUCAGGUGUUAAGGUUCAUCUCUUUUAUGAUACAUUUUCCAUCUAUACUGAACAUUCUGAUUGCUUCCAUCAAACAAUAAACUACGGAUUAACUAUAUCAAACCUGCAUUGUUUUAAAUAGCCCGCUGACCAUAAGGAUAAAUAUCAUUUAAAUUUUAGUUCGUGCCUAAUGUUGUUGAGGAUCGUGAUUUGGAAGAAUUAGAACAGGCUAUCAAAGAAAGUGAAACAAGACUGAUGAUACUAGACUUUUUUGCGGAUUGGUGUGGGCCUUGCAAAAGAGUCGCUCCAGAACUGGACAAAAUUUGUGAAGAAUGGGAAGAUGUUUUAUUCAUAAAAUUAAAUGUAGAUGAGUUGGAGUCUGCAGCCGAAACGUAUGCUAUAGCCGCAAUGCCUACAUUCAUUGCAUUCAAAGGCGGCGAAAAAGUGGACGAAGUUGUUGGUGCGAAUUUAGACAAACUGAGAGAGAUGAUUGAAAAGUAUAAGUAAAUAAACUACGGAGGCUAAUGAAAAAAUCAUUUCACUGAACAUCUUUCUGUAUCACGAUUAGUCAUAUAUUGCACUUAGUUACUAUUAUAUGUAAAAGAUAUUUAUGAAUUGAGCGACAUUUAACAUUUCAUUAAUUAAAAUUGAUGAUAAAUUUCUGUUAACAUAUAUAUGAGAAGCGAUACUUUAGUUUUCAUUAAAUAUGUUCACUAAACAAAUAUUAUAUUUCACUACAGCUGAUUUGGUUAUUUUGUUACUUGUUAAGCUGUUUUCGUCUGUUCUUGUGGAGUAAAUUGAUUGACA